AUGGCCAUCAGCUCAGCGUGGCAGUUGAGCCGGUGCAUCCGGCGCGGCUUUGCGCGGCCUCGUCUGUUUCUUUUGAGAGGCCUUUCGCUGAAGCAAGAAGAUGCCCCGCUGACCACGGUGACCCUGGGGGUGCGCAACAGGAUGUUGCAAACUAUGCUGCCAGGUAGGCCACGCCAUCCGGCCAAGAGUUGCUGUACCAACAUCCUGGAUGUCCUGCUCAAGGCAGAGACCCGGCAUCUGUUUCACGUUGACAAGUUUCACGCGCAGACUGCGGGAAAAGGAUACCAGGGGUUCCGGACUCGCGUCGCCCCCCUCCGCGGUGAUGCGUUGGCAAGCGCAGUGGUGGCAGCCUUUCGGGACGACAACGGCAGGAUUUCCCUGCAGCCGGCACUUCUCCCCCCGCGCGGCUUGGCGCCCAGCCUGGGAUGUGCCGUGGACGUGGGGGCCUCUGUGGAUGACCUGCAGCUCUUCGCCUCCUCUGGUGGCGUGCUGUGGUUGCUCUACAGCUCAGAAGAAGGCCUGGCCCACAUCCGCGCUGUGCGCGGGCUGGGUCCCUGGCGAAUGUCGUUGCAGGUGUCGCCCGACGUCGUCCUCUCUGCCGGCGUGACAAAGGUGACUGGCGUCGCUGUGGACUUGAUGACCCCUCACGCGCUUUACGCCGUGCUCCUCUAUGAGGUCCAGAGCCAAGAGGCUGCCACCACGCCACUCACGCUGACCCGCGUGGCCAGGCUGGAGGAUCCCUCGAGCACGCCGGUCCUUGGUGAGGAACAGGUCUUGAAUGAGGGCCCGAUCCUCUUCCCCGACUUGGUUGCCCUCUCUGAUGGGCGUGUCGCUUGCAGCUUCGUAGAUGCACGCCGCCCAUCCGCCUCCUCCACCCUUCGCCUGGGUCGCAUUGGCGGGUGGCCCGAGGAUGAAGUGCUGGAAGAGGGCUCCACUUGGGCGUUGCUUUCCUGGGGUGAGAUGGUGGGUGCCGGGACCACGCCCGCGCGCCUCGCAGCCUUCGGCGUUGAUGGGCCUUUGCUCGCUGUUUCGGCGACGUCUGCCCGAUGGCUCCAUGCCUGGGGGAGGCUCGUGGCGCUGGGACCUUCCGAAGCAGUGGCUGGACGUGUGGGAUCCUCCACAUGGCCGGUGGCCCUACACCGGGACGAGGUGGCGAUGUUGCUGCCCGUUGCAGGGGACCCCGGCGCAGUGCACCAAGUGAACCUGGAGUGGCCAUGCUUCCUGCCACAGGACACGACAGGGUUCGUCACAACGUCAUGUUUGGCAAGCACGGUGCCAGUGCUCCAAAAGGACUGCCGAGUCUCAUGUGCCGAUGGCUACAUCGUGGAAGGCCAGGGCCCGCAAGCAAUUUGCCCACUGCCGCCAGAGGCGGCCUUCUUUCGGCUGAGCGGCUGCCAUCCGCAGCCCUGCACAGCGCCGCAGGGCAUUCUGAAUGCUGCAGAGGACGCUUGCGCAAGUGGUUGGGCCAUCCCACAUGGUGGCACUUGCAAGACAAUGUGUGCGCCAGGCUUUACGCCCACCGUUGCCGCACUCCAGUGCCAGGUUGGUGUCUUCCAGCCGGCCACGUUUUCUUGCAAAGCUGCCUGCUGCGAGGAGCAACCCGAGGACAACACGACCUCCUGUGUGGCCCUCCCACCUCAGGGCCUUCCCUGCGCUGCGCCGCUGGGAGUGGGCUUGGCCAAGGACCCAAGCUGCCGGGAGGGGUUCCAGAUCCCCAUCGGCCAGCGAUGUCGCCCUGCCUGCCUUGAGGGUUACGAGCCGACGGUGGCCGUGCUCCGAUGCAACGCAAGUGGCACAGGUGAGCUGUCGCCAGCAACCUUCCGAUGCCAGCGCAUUAUUGCGAACUCGUCGGGCUCGGAGGAGAACAAUGGCCCGGACGGCGGCGAGUCGGCGGGCCUCUUCUUGGUCCAUGCAGAGCUUCGUCUGGACAUCUUCCCGGUGAGUCUGAACACUCCAGCCUCUGUCCUGGCUGAGCUGCCCGUUGCGCGCGCCGCCCUUCGCGCGGCCUCCAGCGCCGAUGCACUCCGGGGGGCCGCGGCCGCUGCCUUGCGAACACCGGAGGAGCAGGUGGCCGUGGUCCUUCACGGCCAGGGCAGCAACAUCUCCCGGCGUCUGGCAGAAAGCGAAGAGGUUCUAUCGAACCUCACGCUCUACAGCCUGUUUCUAGGCCAAAGCAAUGCCACGGAGGCCGUGCUGCAGAUCCAGGAGCUCGUGGCGGGUGGCAGCCCAGCUCUGCUCUUCGAGGCACUGCAUGCAAAGGGGGAGGAUGGCUAA